ACAGUUCCUCCAACAACUACCACAGUUGCUCCAACAACCACAACUGUUGCUCCAACGACAACAACUGCUGCUCCAACGACCACAACUGAUGCUCCAACGACCACAACUGUUUCUCCAACAACCACAACAGUUUCUCCAACGACUACCACAGUUGCUCCAACAACCACAACUGUUGCUUCAACCACAACAACUGCUGCUCCAACAACCACAACUGCUGCUCCAACAACCACAACUGUUGCUCCAACAACCACAACAGUUCUUCCAACGACUACCACAGUUGCUCCAACAACCACAACUGUUGCUCUAACUACCACAACAGUUCCUCCAACCACAACAACUGCUGCUCCAACAACCACAACUGCUGCUCCAACGACCACAACUGUUGCUCCAACAACCACAACAGUUCUUCAAACGACUACCACAGUUGCUACAACAACCACAACUGUUGCUCCA